AUGGCAUCCUCGAGAUCCUUCAAAAACAAAAUAAGAAGUAAAGGAGAUGCGAUCUCAUAUUUCAGCUCUCAUCAAAGAAUACGAGGAUGUGACAUGCAGGUAUCAAAAGUUCAUUCUUUAUCUUGGAAUUGCGAUGGAACUAAGCUAGCUUGCGGAUCUCACGAUAGAAGAGUUGCGGUUGCUGCCGUAGAUUCUGGUUGUAGGUUGAAGCUAGAUUUUGUAGCCUCUGGUCAUGAUGAUACUGUUGAUCAAGUCGCUUUCCAAUAUUCCUCACCGUAUGUCUUUGCAUCAGCAAGUUUGGACAGAUCCAUCUGUGUUUGGGAUAUGAGAGCUAAAAGUACACAGCGAAAACUGAGCACACGAGCUCCAAAUUUGUAUGUUACUUGGACUCCGAGCGGCAAGCAUUUCAUAUAUGGUGAUAAAGAUAAUAAAAUACACAUUGUGGAUGGACGCACAUCUUCUAUUAUCAAAAGUGUUGACAUCAAAGUGGAACUCAAUGAAAUAGUUUGUCACCCCAGUGGAGAAUACUUGUUCGUCGCUACCGGUGGAGGAAAAGUUGAGAUAUUUUCGCUACCUGAUUUGAAGCCGUUACGAAGCAUACAAGCUUUAUCAACUCAAUCAAGUUGUUUAUCUAUAGCAAUAACGUCAGAUGGAUCAAAGAUGGUUGUGGGUGGAAAUGACGCGCUAUGCACGUUGUGGAACUUGGAUGAAUUCAUCUGCGAAUCAACGAUUGCUAGGCUAGACUAUCCUGUCCGUACAGUAUCCGUAAAUGCUUUUGGAAAUCUUAUCGCUUGUGGUAGCGAAGAUCACUGCAUUGACAUAGGAUGGCUAGAUGACGGCGCUAAGGUAUCAGACAUUAGAGUGGAUGGAGAAGUUUUCUCAACUGCAUGGCAUCCGAAACAGCCAAUUCUUGCUUUCGCAUCAGUAUCUUCAGAAGCAAGAGAUCGUGAUUCCGUGCGCUUGUGGGGAUUUACCAGUUGA